UAACUUCGCUUUGUAAGUUAAGGCCUCAAGUUAAAUUGAAGAUAACUUUAUAUUUGUAAGGUGGAGUGAAUUGCGCCGACGCACCAACGGUCAUUUGACGCUUCGUUUGAUGAGGGAAUGUCAAACACAGUUAGUGACUCAGAGGAAAAUCAUAUGAAGGGCUGUAGCGUGCUCUAGUAUAUUUAAGGCAGGACAGGUACAAAGAUUUCUGGGACCACACCCAUUUUUAUGUUUAACGGUAACGCUUUUCUCAAGGAAAUUUUGCUUUCUGUAUUCACUUUGCUUUUUCAAUUCUUUAGUACACGCUUUAGGUGCAAAGGAGUUAUCCAUUGUUACUGUGUAUCAUCUCUAAUAAACAUUACAAAUAGGGCUGCUAGAUUUGAGGCUUAGUGAAGAUGUAAAAAUUAAUAGGGUGCAAUUUGAAAUUGUGAAAAGUGAAAGUAAAGGAGAUGCUAUUUUAAUCAAAAACACAGCCACCAAAGAUGCUUCUAGAAGGCAGCCAAAGUUAUGCUGUGUCUUCUUAGAUUUAGAGAAGAGAUAUGAUACAGUGCUGAGCGAGUUGGUAUAGUCGAAUUUCUGGAUGGUUCACUUUGUGAAAACACCUAUGUUGAGGCUAACAAAGCAAUAAAAACGAUUUUGGGUGGGAGAGAUCUUUAGAUGAUAUCAGAAUCAAAUGUGGUUCCACCUUUCAUUAAUAUUUUAGCUCAGCCAUUCCUGGAGAUUACAUUCACCCAUAUUUAACGACAAGCACCACAGCGCUCUAUACUUGAUUUGAGAAUAUUAUUACUCGCAAUAAAUUAGCAUGCAAAUAGCACGGUGUAGCACCCCAAAAUGCAUUUUAUGAUGUUAAUGCAAAAUUUAACAACUGUAAUGAAGAAAAUUUAAAAAAAAGCAAAAUCCACACGUUGGGAAGUUUUGUGUCCAUAAAUAUCCAUUAGUGCUUUAUAAACAUUUGCACAGAGAGUUUAAACUUCUGAUAUUGUUUUGGAUUGUUCUGAUUUUCAUGGAGCUGAAAGAGAAACUUAGUCAUUUAGUUUCAGGCAGAAACGUGGAAUCGGUUAGGUGUCAUAGCGUCUAGUCUGGUAAUUGGAGAAUUGGGAUCUUCAUUUAGGCUCAAAAUCACAGACUACAGGAUAUUGAGGCUCAGCAAAAGUUAAGGACAAGGCUAGCAUGGGACACAGAGCUCUGCUGAGUUUGGCCCUCUUGGUGACCAGCGUUGCAACAGAAUCAGGCUUUGUCUCAGAAUUCUUUGAAGGCAAGCGGUGCUUAUGUUCAAAUGAGGAAAUGAAAGUCUACACGGUCAGCAGCGAGAUCCAGUGCAUUCAUCGAUGCUUACGACACGACGAAUGUGAAGCAGCUAAUUACAACAAGCAAAGUACCAAGAAGAAUUGUGAAGUAAGUCUAAAUGGAACUUGUUCAUCGUUUGUCGAAGUACAUGGCUGGAAAAGUCUUGUUAUUAAGCGUCAGGACCGACUCGAGAAGAAAGUUUAUCACAGCUGCAAAGAGGCGUACUUUGAUAUAAAAGAUGCUCCUUCUGGUGUCUAUCGGCUGCACAUUGGGCGCCAUUUUUGCAAAAUGGAUAUACCUGGGUGUGGUGGAGGCUGGACACUUGCAAUGAAAAUCAAUGGCUCUAAGGGAACUUUUGGUUUCAACAGUCCAAUGUGGUCCAAUGAUCAAGAGUACAAUACCGAAAACGGCCUGAAAUCGCUUUACGAGCACGAGGCAAAAUUUGCUGCUUUCAGCCAUCUUGCAUUUGAUGAGAUCUGCAUUGGAAUGAAGAACAAAGACGAAGUCAAUUGGCUGCGAUUACCAUUAAAGUAUUCGUCUCUUCUGGCAAUUUUAACGGCUGGACAACACAUUCUAACUCACGUUGGGCGUAGUGCAUGGAAAGGACUUAUUAGCUCGUCUUCUUUGCAGCCUAACUGUAAUUUGGAAGGAGUUAAUGUUGGGACAUACUACAACAAACCAAUGGUUAGAAUUGGCAUUAUUGCGAACGAUCAAAAUGACUGCUCCUCUCCAGAUUCCUACAUUGCUUUAGGUGGUCGGGACCUAGCUUGCGGGAACUCAGCCACAGCCUGCGUUGAAGGAAAUCAAAAAGUUCCAACCAUGGGAUUUAUUCUUGUUAAGUGAGGGACUCGACACUAAGAUGUGAUUAUGUAAACGCAACUUUUACAAACUAAGUAUUUGAAAAACCACUUUUUCUUGUCAUGCUUCCGUUACUCUGUUUAGCGUCUGUUCAAUCUGCUAAAUUUGAAGCUGCUCAUAGAUUGUCCCAUCUUUCUCCCUACGAACUGGCAAGAAAGUUGAAGUCACCUCAUGUUUACAUGCAAAUCUCUUCCCAACUUAAAGCUUCUAGCUUUGAUAUCAUCAGGGUUUCAUCAAUCUUUUCAAACUGAAACACGACAUGUUUUCGUAAUAGAAUGUGAACGCAUGCGCAUUAAUGUUAAUUUUCCCAGCUUCCAUGCAGUUUCCCAGUUCCCCUUAAGUCAUGCCCUGGACAAUUUUUUGGAUUUUCAAAUUGAAAGUAUUACCCCGGAUAUGUUGGACAAUCUACAAGUUAGACAAUUUUCUUACCCCGCGCCCCCCCUCCCCCCCCUGUAGUAGGCUUAACGUAACUGUAACCUCGUAAUAGUUUAACCUCGAAAUCAUAUGUGUAUAAGUUGUAUAGUUCUUUGUGUUAACAUUAGUCAAUCGCUAACCUCGUGCACGAGUCGCACGUCAAUCUACGAGUCGCCUUUCGCUCUCAAGUAUCUGGAUUACUCUAGAGUUAUAGGACACAAUAUAACCUAUAACACCCCCUUGAAUGCCCGAAUUGACGGAAUAAUUCAAUUGUAUAUGGGAUAAUCAAAAGGUGUGAUCCAGAAUGUUGAGAGGAGAAUAUCACUUGAUAAGUUGUUUCUUGUGCAAGCAGAAGAUGGAAAUUACAAAUAUUUUUUUGUAGAUGACAGUGGUAUUUCACUUCUCAGCUCAUGAACGAUGGUGGGGGUCAUUUUUCUCAUAUAAACGGACAACAGGUCUUGACAACUGUGUUAAUUCUGAAUCUAGAUCUAGUCUUGGGCUUUUAUUGGGAAGAGUUAGGCAUAACAUUAUCAAAGAAACAUAAAAAUUAUAAGGAACCAUAAAUCUAAAUCGACUAAUCUGUAUCAUGUUUUUCCAACCUCUUGCCUAACUACAGAUGAUACAGAACAUUUUGCUUAUUAUAUUUUGAUUAAAAUUGGUAUUUUUCAUAAAUCAAAAAACUUAAAAUUAGAAAUGUGUACUUCUUUCUAGAAUGACCGACGUUUUCGUUCCUAAAUAAAGAAAAACUAGGUCAUGUGUAAACUUAGUUCAGUCGGGUGUAGAUUCGUUUAGGUCCCAAUUUUCUGACCCAUUUGACGGUUUCCCUUGGUUAUAAUCUCUAUGAAAACAAACAAUUCAAAAGUUGGAUCUGGAGCAAAAACACGACCUGCUUCUUACGUUCACACGAGCAGGGCAAAAUGACUUUAUCUAAGCAAAAUUUCAGAAACUUCCUUUUCUUAAAGCUAGUUUGUUUUUGGAAAUUGCAAGUAUGCAGUGGCGUAGCUAGCGGUCAUGCUUGUCAUGCCGGGCAUGACCAUCUAUUUUCAGAGUUAACAUUUUUCAAAAAAUUAUAUUUUCGUAAGAAUAAAGUCCUAUUCUCCUGAUGAAAUAGCUCAGGCCAUUCGCCUUUGGAGCCCUAUGGUUCCACCCAAGAAUAUGGAGCCCUCCGAAGGCGCUCUUCUAUUGUCGGGCAUGACUAAAACAGAGGGUUUCCAAUUUAGUCAUGCCCAUAACUAUGAGCAUGACCAAACCCUGUGUUUUAGUCAUGCCCAUAACGCUGGUUCCCUAUGUUUGGUCAUGCCUAACAAUAGGAGUGACGCAGGAGAGAACAAAGGCUAGUCAUGCCAUUUCGAGAAGGCAUGACCAUCAUUAUAAUCAUCAGAACCGUCCUGUGUUAUUUCGUGAACGCGAAUGCGAGGCAUCGAUGGCGGCGCUGCUAUGCCUAGAUCCACGAGCUGGGAGUUAAUUCUCUGUAAGUAAAAUGCAAACAAAAGCUUAUUGCCAAGCAGCCACGACUCAUGUUAAUCUCCAGAACAUUUUAUGGCAACGACAGGGUUUUUCAGCCUUAAUGGUGUUGCACUAUGUGGAGAAGUGACAGGCACGAAAGACCAUUUUGGACAUAAAAUCAGCGAGCAGGAUCAUUUUAUGCAACCAAACCAAACUCUCAGCCUUUUCAGUAAUCAAUUGUUACUAGUUGAACAUUUGCAGAGAAUCUUCUUGAUUUAGUGAAUGCCAAAUCUUGAUGCUGUUCACUGGAGAUGGAUGGAGGAGAUAACAGUGUUAUUUUCCAAACCAACAGAUUUGAGAGCUUAAACUUUCCAGACAUUUAGCAGCAUAUUCAGAAACUGUUAAGCCCUUUAAAAGCAUUGUUACCAUAUUAUGAUUAGGACAAUAAGAUUGUAGUUAAUGGAUAGGGAAUGCCAGAACUUGCUUAAAGUUAUUCUUCAAUUUUUUGUUUAUUAUCACAUGCAAUAACACUGUUUUUACACACAAUUAAAGUCAAACUCAAAGCUCUACUGACUUCACUUUUAGUUGAAAGUACUUGUUACUACUUAUAGCUGUUGAAAUAAAAUGACCAGAGACAAGUCAAGCGUGUUACUGAUCUUGUUAGUUAAACAGUUUUAUUUCACUAUUACAACUUUUGAUGUAUUUGAAAAUUUACAAGAUCAAAUUAUUCAUUUACAACCCUUGUUUGCUAGAUUUAGUAAGGACAAUCCAAUCAUGUGGAUAUUUACCACAAGUAUAUGUGGAAACAUCAAUGUUUUUGUUAAGCUAAACUUAUUUUGCAAGGUAUUUUUCUAUUAAGUCUAACUUUGCAGAAAACAUUUUGCAACUAGGCCUAUCCAUUAUUUUAGCUUCCUAUAUUUCAUAUCAAUAUUUACAUUGGAUAUUCAUUUGCCAAU